GUCAAACAAAGGACCUUGUGUUAUUAAUUUGAUGUACUCCUAGUGAUUAAGUUUUGUGCGUUGAGAUUAGUUGCUCAUUCACGCCCCGUCAUACAGAAAUUCCUAAUGACCUAACUGAUAGCUGACAUGUACUUUCGAACUGGCCCCACCACGCGUCAAGUUCACCAGUUUUUUCAAAAAGGGCCCACCAGAACAUAAACAACGUGCGUCGUUAUUCGCCACGUAUAAAAAUUAACCACUCAUUCCUAGGAUACACCAAAAUCUUUUCACCCACUUGGUCGAACUAUUCAAUGGCCCUUCUGCUCAGUUCUGACACGUGUCGCGAAACUAGAACCUCAUUGCACGUGCCACAGUUCAAAGCCACGUGGCAGAUAAAGAGCAUGCAGGUCUUGAGGUGGUGGAUUAACGCUUUUGCUUUAUUAAACGCUUUGGACUAAUUAAUCUUACGUGUCAUGAAACUCUCAUUUCAUCGUCUCUUUUCAUGCCACGUGGCUUUCUCCCCGGCCUUUUCUCUGUGACGCUACAUUUACUGCUUAAAUAGUUCUGUUGUUUUAUCUUCUUUACAUCUUUGUUCCGAAAAAUAAAAGCUUUUACAAGAAAUCAAUUAGCUGAACGUUUUAUGAAGUUUUAAUUAUACAUGUUUACUGUGUUAAUGGCGAAGAAUUGUAAAAUGUUGGAGCUUUUUAAGGAAGAUGAUAAUGGCAUUGAACUGAGUUUAGGGUUAUCCAUUGGAGGAAGUUAUAGCACAAAGAAAUCAGAUGAUAAGAUUUUAAUAGAGUGCCAAAGGUCACAAAAGAGGGCAAUACAUAGAGAAAUGAUGGAGAAUGAGGAACAAAUUUCAGCGCAAAAAGUUCGUAGAAAAGGGGAAAUUGGUACUUUAAGCAAUGAAUGUGGUACCUAUGAAGCUGCAAAAAGCUUGAAUCUUUCUUUGAAUCAAGAUUCAAAUGUAAAUAAUCAGAAUAUUGAAGUUCCAUUUUGGGCUCAGAAUGCUGGGAAAAGGGAAUUAAUGAAGAAAAAUGUGCUACAGGGUGAUGAUUGUCGAGGUUUUAGGCGUUAUAAUGAGAAUAGGGAUGGGAAUUUGAGUUAUAAACAAUGUAGAAGUAGUGAAUCUGAGGAAAAUUUCUCAGGCAAAAGUAAUCUUAAGAAUUGCAAAGUUAUGUCGAGUGGUUCACCGGAAAGAUGUUCCUCAACAAUUUCAGAAUGCCAAAGUUCAUAUCCUAAAGGUAGAAGCAGUAGUGAUAAUGCACAAGGAAUACAGCCUAGUACUUCAGGGAGAAAGCAUAAUACACAGUUUGAACAACAUACAACUAAUGUCAUUCCUAUCAAAGAGGAACAGAACCAAAAUGCAGAGAAGAGAAUGCAAUUUGAUGCUAAAGUAGGUCCCAAUUCCACAAACCAAGCAAAUGUAAGUCCAUUUUCUUCUCAUUUGAAGCAGAUUCCAAAUUCUGAAAUCAAGAAUUGUGGCAUUUCAUUGCUUUCUCGAAUGCCGUGUGUGUCAACCACUGGUAAUGGUCCAAAUGGGAAGACUAUAAGGGGAUUGUUAUACAGGUAUAAUAAUACAACGGAGAUUAACAUUAUCUGUGUUUGCCAUGGAAAAUCAUUUACUCCUUCUGAAUUUAUUGAGCAUGCUGGUGGAGUUGAUGUAUCACAUCCUUUGAGACAUAUCACUGUAAUCCCCCCUUGUUCUUGAUCGAAGAUCCUGAACCUCUGUGCCUUUCUCUUUACUUUUUUUAUCAAGUCGGGACGGAUUUAAAUGAAGCGACAUAGACCUGAAUAUCCAUACUUGCUUGGCUUGAGUUGUAGUUAUGUUUAUUGGCUCGCUUGAGUUGUGCGGAAAUAGCUUCUUUACCUUCACAAGGCAGAGGUGAGGUUUGCAUUUUUUGCUUGGUCUGCGGCAUGGAAACAUUAUUGUGUGACAACAAACUAGAGAAAUUUCACAAGUGGAGUCUGGGGAGGAGGGUAGGAUAGCAUGCAGCCUUAUAGCAUGCAGCCUUAUCCCUACGCUCGCAGGGUAGAGACCGUUUUCGAUAGACUUUCGGAUAAAGAAGAUGAAAAAGCGUUGUGUUAUACUACUAGUGGUGUGUGUCAUUGUCAUAAACUUAAGGAGCUUUUUUUCCCAGCUCAAUGCGUGCCAAAGAACAAACGCUUUUAUCAACAGAAAGUAAUAUUCUCAUUAUCUCAUUGGUAGAACCUGCUGCAUAGGGCUAGUUCCUUGUAAUCUUAGCAGCAGAUAGCAAUGUUCUCAUUGUACCAUUUGUUAUAUGGGCUAUGGAUAUUUUUCUGUGUUGUAAAUGUGUUUAUCACGUGACUGACUUUGAAACUGAACGCUCUCUUCUAUCCCUGCUGACCCCAUGAAGGGAUUAUAAUAAGAGUAUAUGUUAUUACGGUACACAAUUUCCCUAGAGUUUACGUGAUAUUUUCCGCACUUGAGUUUAACAUCUAACGUAAAUAUGUGUAAAGGAGACAUUGUUUUGUACUCAGUGAUUCAUUGUAAAUAUUUUGUACGAGCAAGUUUUUACGAGUGUACUAUUUUGUUUAACUAGAAAUGUAGAAUAAAAGUUUAUAAAA